UAGAAAAUGGCCGCGAAUCACAGAACAUAGUUUAAGAAUAAAAGUCCUGCUGGAAAUCAAAUCAUGUAAGACAUGCCAGAUUAUAAUAGUUGAAUUAACCCACUUACUGUCAGGACUAGGAUGCAUCAGAAUACAGAAAUUAAGUAUCUGUAUAUAGUCUGAGUUACAUUUUGUUAAGGCAGUAUGCAGAACACAGUCACUUUUAACAUUUUAAUAAAACCUUUAGAGUACUUAACCACUAAAAAAAACACGCUUGUUAAGUAACUAUAUUAAAAUCAGCACACAAGAUGUAAAGUCUUACUCUAAAAAAUUCAAAAAAGACUUUACAAACACUUAAGUUCCUGCUAAAGCCUGAGUAGACUGAUAAAUCACUGCAGUGAGCCAGUUAUUAAUCUGAGCGUUAGUAAACUCUUCUGAGGGAUGACUGAAGUGAGUAGUGGAGAUAUUCUAGAGUGAUUAGCUUGGCUUUGGCGUUGUACUGGUCUUGUGUGUAUACGUUCAGUGGUUACAUACCUAUCAUUAACUGAAAAUCACAUAGCUCAUCAUUUUACAGUCAAUUUGCAAUAUUUUGUUAUUGGGAUAUGGAGAAUUGGGUCAUGAGAGGGCAGGGAGAUUAUGGGAGCAGUGGUGGACCUAAGCAAGCAAUGAGAGCCAAAAAAUGUAGAGAAUUUUGUAUUUAUUGUUUUAUUAAUAUGAACAAACUUUUCAAGAAACAUCAGAAGAAUUACAUAAACAAAACUGCCAACCAGUAACACCAAGGAACAGCGUGAAAUAAAUAAAAAAAAAUAUAUGAGUUUUUCCCCAUGUACUUCAUCAAUAUGUAUUCUGAAUGUAUUCUGAAUAUGUUACUUUUUAUGUAUUGUAGUGAAAUACAUUACUGAAUACAUUUAGGACAGUAUAUUCAGUAUUCAGCCAUCACUUUCUUCAAAGUAUUCUGCCCAACCCUGCUUAUUAUGCACCAUGUAUAAUCAAUCAUUCAUGUCUGUUUAUGACACAAGCCUAGUAUACUGCUUAAUUAGAGUGGAUGUAAUAAUUAACACUUGUGGUGAGAAGGCCUAGAAUGUCACGUCAGUUCUCAAGCUAUUACACAACUCUAUUUUUGUUGUGUUGCUAAGCUGUCCUCCAUUUUUUCUCCAUAUUUGUAAUGGGGAGUCAAUUUUACUUCAAGUUCUAAAUCCAGUGUCCCAUUCUUGACAGUCGUUGUGAUCUCUCAAUGUAAACACAAAGCCAUCUGACCAGGAACAUAGGAUAUUAUUAGUCGUACAAGUUGAUCUUCUAUCCGCCAUGAUAAAUAUUACACAUAGACAUCAUACUAACCUCACCCAUAUUCAACCAUAACUGACACUAGACAGUCUAAUAUAUAAGACACUCGGAGGCAGUGGAACCGAACAGAGUGAGGAAACAUCUGUGUCCAGAGUGGAAUACUUCUGGGAGCUGAGUGCACUCAGUGAUGGAUGUUCAUGAAGCUAUCAUUGAGGUAUUAGACUAAAUUCCACAGUAUCUUUUGCCUUUUUUGUGUGUAUAAGAAAAACUCCUAUUUGCUUUUCCAACCAUGUCAAGUAAUGAUCCGAAGGGGAAAAUGUGCACUCUUGGAGACAUGUACAUGUUCACAGUGGAUGUUAGUGCCUUCUCACCAGAGCAAGUGAUUGUCACUUCUUCAAAUAACCUCAUACAAGUUUCUGCUGAGAAGUUGGCAUCGGAUGGCACAAUCUUAGACAUUUUUUCCCACAAAUGCCAGUUUCCAGCAGAUGUGGACCCCACGUCAGUGACAUCGUCCUUGGGAAAAGGUGGUGCACUGACAGUUACAGCUUUCAAACACAAGGCAAAAGUUAAAUGAUCCAUCCAUCUUUGUGACUCGUCUUUUGUACUGAGGGACAAAACUUUCGUCAAAAGGCAUUUCAAACCUUUUCUCUCCUGCUGAAAGUUAUGUUCUGUCUUUUCAUGGUGAGAUGUAGAUACCUAAUAUAAAACAAUGAAUUUGAUAAUAAUUGGAUUUCAUUAUUUUCAACUCAGUAUUGUUUUGUUUCAGUGCUAAUUAAAUGUAUUUA